CAGCAGCAUUCCAGCCCGGUGACUCAUAGCAAAGCCUCCACUCUGCAGAAUUUAAUAGCAAAAACAAUCGCAGCUUGGGAAGGGCUCUGGAAUUAUUUGCAUCAGCUUAAGAAGAUUUAACAACUUUGAGUCCUGUCCAGAAUUUAAAGGUUCCAAAAUGAAGAUUUUGAUAAUGAUUGAUUUUGUCCUUGUGGCUAGCUUGAUGGAUGUCAUUGGCAGCUCUGAUUUACAGAAAUGUUUUCAAGAGCAGAUACGACUUCAGGGCCAGGUGAGGCUUCUGGAACAUCGUGUGAAACAGCAACAGUUAAAAAUUAUACAGCUCUUAGAGAAGAAAGCGAUUCAGUACAGUGACAGAGAAGAUGAAAACAGUGUCAUUGACUUGGGAGGAAAAAGACAGUAUUCAGAUUGUGCAGAAAUCUACAAUGAAGGCCAUAAGCAAAAUGGAUUUUAUAAAAUAAAACCAAUCCAGAGUCCUAGAGAAUUCUUUGCGUUCUGUGACAUGUCUGAAGGAGGUGGCUGGACUGUGUUUCAGAGACGUUCUGAUGGCAGCCAGAAUUUUGAUAGACUCUGGGCUGACUAUGAAGAAGGCUUUGGAAAUUUUGUUUUGAAAAAUGGUGAAUUUUGGCUUGGAAACAAAAAUCUUCAUUAUUUGACUAAUCAAGGGAAUUAUACUCUAAGAAUUGAUCUAACUGAUUUUGAAGGAGAACGGCGUUUUGCACAGUAUGCAAGCUUCAGAGUUGCAGGAGAAGAGCAUUCUUAUGAGAUGAGUUGUGGUGAAUACUCUGGUACAGCUGGUGAUUCCCUUACUGGUGGAUUUCAUCCUGAAGUAAAAUGGUGGGCUGAUCAUCGAGGAAUGAAAUUCAGUACUAGAGACAGGGAUAAUGACAACUAUGAAGGGAAUUGUGCUGAAGAGGAAAAGGCUGGCUGGUGGUUUAACAGGUGUCACUCUGCCAACCUGAAUGGUUUGUACUACAGAGGUCCCUACACUGCCAAGACAGACAACGGGAUUGUUUGGUACACCUGGCAUGGGUGGUGGUAUUCUCUGAAAUCUGUUGUCAUGAAGGUCAGACCUGCAGACUUUGAAUGUAAUAUUGUUUAAGUAUUCUAUUAAGAUGAUUCACCCGAUUAAUCUUUUAGGAAAUUCACUCCAAAUUAAAAUGGGCCGAUUUUUACUUCUCAAUCUAUGCAUAUAUAAAUUUGGAAUAAUUCCUCUGCAACUAGUAGUUUUAUGAGAUGUAAGUGAAAAGACAAGCUAGCCUACGAACCAAAUCCCUCAGAUGUAAAGGUUGCAUGUGUUGUGUACAUAGUAUACAUAAAAGGUUUAAAGAAUGAGGCAGGGAACUGAAGAAAGAGAAGGGGUGCUGCCAGGGCACAAUCAAUUGAAUCCAGCAUAGAGAAGAGUCUGUUGUUUGCUGAGGCAUUUCUAGGGCUGGUCACAACAUUUCAAUCAUUUUCAAAUGAUUCAAAACAUUUUUAAGUGGUCGGUAAUUAUGCUUUUCUCCUUCUUGGUAACCAUAAUGCUUUUUCUUUUUUUUUUUUUUUUUUUUUUUUUUGGUUGUUUUUUUGGGUUUUUUUGUUUGUUUGUUUUGGUUUUUUGUUAGGUGUACAGCUCUCUAAUUUUGAAUGUCCUGUCCAGUCACUUCCUCUCCUUUCCCUAUAUAAUACUUGUCUAAGCUCUCUGGGCUUUUCUCCAUCUCAAGUUGCAUAUCCAUAUUUUUCUUGUACAAGAAUAAUGGUAAGAGAGACUUUGCUUACCCUUGGCUUUUGUGCCUAGCAGUACAAUAGACUCUAAUAGCCAGUAAUAACAAGAGUUGCUGAUUAGUGCUUGCUGCCAUGGAGAAGAUAGGAAUACUCUCUAGAAAGCUAUCCAAUGAAAUGUAGUCCAUUUCUGCUGGGCAGAUGCAAACGAAGACUUUAAAGAAAAUAUGGACCUAAGCUUGCUUUCCUAAAAUAAUUUUGCUUUUGUGUUUGAACUGCCGCUCUCUCUCCUUCUGUCCAAAUACAGUUUUGAACAUGGCAGCCACUUUCAGUCAUGCUUAAAAUAAUUGAAACUAAGUUUUGGUAAAGUUUAGUUUAUAACUACAUUGCUAUGAAUACAGGACAGCUGAAUUGUAACUCUCUGCAUGGCAAUUUUUCCUUCCAUUUUCAUCCUCCUGAAGCACAAGUUUGCAAAGAAUCCUUGAGAGAACUGCAUGGAAUAAGGGAGGGAGGAUGUUUGUAACAACUGGGGGGAAGAAAGAGAGUUCUUAUGGAACAAUCUUACUCAAUAAAAUAAAUCAUGCUACACCUAAACAAAAACAAACAAACAAACAAAAAUGUGAAGAAAAAACAGGGCUCAGGCUAAAAUCAGCUAAAAUCAUGUUAUAAUGUAAAAAUUGUGCCAAUGAGAAUCUGCAGUAUAGAGGUUUUAAGGUCUCUUUUUUUUGUGGUAAUAGCAGAUAUUCUAGAUAAUCAAAUCUUUUUCUUGAUGUAUCAACUGAUACUGUGCUAGAGAUUUCUAGUCUUUAGCAUAUAUCUGUACCCAUGCAUGAGAGGACCAAUGAACAGUUAUUCAACUGAUUAUUCUGAACUUUGUUUAAUUAGUUUCACCAAAUUAUAUUCAGAAUCUGGGAGGAAGGCACAUCAUGUGUGUGUGUAAGGGGAGUAAGGGGGAGAGAGGGAAGUAAAGAGAGAGAGAGAGAUAGUAAGAGAAAGUCAACAUUAAAACAAAAAAUAUGAUAAAGUAUUUUAAUUCAAUUAUAUUACAUAUAACUUAAAUUGGGUUCCUAUGUAACUAUGCAAAUGUCUGUAGGUAUGGGUUAUUAAUAAUGUGAUAGAAGUUUUGGAGCAGUUGAAAAAAUGUUUUAAGUACAGUAUUUCCCAUAAUGAUUUUCAAAUUAUUUUUUCACCACAAGAGCAGAAAGCUUUAAUUAUUUGGAAAAAAAA